AGUGAUAUUCCGAGUGUAUCGAGGCAACGCCCCUUGAUCAUUAAGCAGCUGAUGUAAUAAAUCUGAAAAACAAUUCAGUAUUCCUCUUUAGCGUCACCUAGCUAUAGUCAUCUCUCUGCAGAUUCCGAUUAUUUGAAAAAAUAUCGGAUUGGCAGAAAAGAACAACUUUCUACCGCGUUUUAUUACAGGGAGAAAGACUUGAGUCAGAUCGAGUUUUUUCUUCAGUACUUUGUUGUAUAUAUUUUCAAUCAAGAUGAUACUAAGGAUAUUGCUGCUUAUCAGUUUUGCUGGACUGGCAUUAUCUCAAGACUGUGGUAGUGGAUGGCUGAAAUAUCAAGACACAUGUUUUUUACUGGUAUCCACACUCCGUCCAUUCCAGCUGGCCAGGGAUUACUGCCAAAAUAAUCAAGCUGAACUUGCCGUCAUAACAUCGAGAGAUAUGAAUACUUGGUUGACGCAGCAGAUAUCAAUCUAUCCUGAAGUUUUCUGGAUUGGUUUACAUGAUAUUCAAACUGACAGUAGCUUCGAAUGGGUUGAUGGUACUCCUUUAGAUACAUCGAUGGCAAAUUGGGCACCCGGUCAGCCUGAUAACUAUGAUGGAUUAGGAGAGGAUUGUGCAGAAAUGAAACCAUCCGGACAAUGGUAUGAUGAACAAUGUUUAGCUCUCAACUGGUUUAUUUGCUCAAGAUCAAUCAAUGUUGUUCCUAAAUGUGACACGGUGAAUGGCUGGGAACCAUACAAUGGCAAGUGUUACAGGUGGGUUUCUGAUACUAAGAACAUCAAUGAUGCAAUCACAUACUGUACUCUUCUUGAUGGUUACGUAAUCUCCAUCAAUGAUGCUGGUGAGCAGACCUUUGCUAACUCCAUCCAAGCAUCCAAGGCUAACAUUCCAUACUGGACAGGUCUGAGUGAUAGGAACCAAGGCCAGGGGAACUAUAUAUGGCAAGAUGGGACUGAUACAACUUCUUUUUCUAACUGGAAUACUGAUUUAGGACAACCAGAUAAUUCGUUCUCUCCGAAUGGCUGUGCACAAAUCGAACGAUUUGAUAACAAUGGUUUAUGGAGCGUUGAUAGCUGUGAUGAAAAGAAGAGAUUCAUUUGUGAAAGACCAGAAGGUACAUGUGCACCAGGAUGGAUUCUACACGGUGGUCAAUGUUAUCAGUUUAACUCACUCCUAAGGACAUGGUUUGAUGCAAAAUAUUACUGCGAUGCACAGGGAGGUUAUAUGGCCUCUAUUCUAAGUGAUCCUGAAAAUAGUUUUAUUGCAAGUAACAUGGCAACGAUCAACGCUGAAAAUGUAGACAAUAUGUGGUUUGGAUACUCAGAUUCUGUGGCUGAUGGCACAUGGUCAUGGGCCCAUGAGACCACAUCCUCCUAUACCAACUGGGCACCUGGUCUUCCAACUAACACAUACGCUCAAACUGAUUGUGCUUAUAUGGCAACCAAUGAUGUUUCGGGCAAAUGGUAUCAGAAUAACUGUCAACUUCUUGGAGGUUUCGUUUGCAAAAUCAAAGCUGGAAGCGUGGUGACACCAGUUCAGCCAGACCAAGGAGUUGGAUCUUGUGAACCUGGAUGGGAUUUAUAUGGAGAUAGUUGUUAUUAUUUCCCAACUCUGAUAGUCACCCAACCUGAUGCCCAGGCUCAGUGUCAAGCUUACUUUCCAACAGCUAAUCUUGUCAGUAUUCAUUCUAAUGGAGAACAAUCAUUCCUUACAGAAAGAGUUAAUUAUAUCGGUGAGGGUAUGUGGAUUGGUCUGCAUGAUAGAGGUACUGAGAGCGGUUGGGAGUAUGAAGACGGUACUCCGUAUGAUUAUCGUAACUGGGGACCAGGAGAGCCUAACAAUUCUGGCAACGAGGACUGUGUUCAUCUGGAAUCAUAUUUCUACAAGGUUGGAACAUGGAAUGACCAUAAAUGUGACAGGGUCUAUCGCUUCAUCUGCAAAAUGCCGAAAUACCCGGGAGGUGCUUACACAACACCAAUGCCAAUAACAUUUCCACCUAGCGAUCGCUGUGGUAAUGGUUGGAUUUUUGAUACAUCAUCGGGCAAUUGUUACAAGUAUGAGAUGGAGUAUCGAAGCUGGCAGGAAUCAGAUAAUCAAUGUCAUUAUGAAGGAGGAAGACUCACCAGUCUUACUAAUAACCUAGAAACUGAGUUUGUUCAACGAUUUGCCCAGUACUAUUACAACAAUGGUAUAAACUCAUUCUGGAUUGGUUUACAUUCUUCGAACCUUAACUAUGGAUUUCAAUGGUCUGAUGGAGCACCGUUUGCUUACCUAAAUUGGCAGAGUGGUGAACCAAACAAUGCAGGAGGUGAAGAUUGUGUAGAAAUGUAUGCAAACUCAGGACGAUGGAAUGAUCUUGCUUGUAGUAAUGCCAGACUUGGGAUCUGUAAGAGGAAUGAAUUAAUUACCCGUUACUUCAUGACGUACACCAACUCCCGCCUCGACACUACCAACGAAGUCCCUAUCAACAAUGUAUGGCCAGAAGACUGUGCAUUUCUUUGUAUGACUGCCACAUUUACUUGCCGUUCAUUCAACUAUUAUCGCAGUGGUAGACAGUGUGUCCUCCUCUCCUCUGACAAGGACACUGCUGGCAACGUCGGGUUGGUACCCGAGUUCGAGGAUCCAUGGGAUCAUUACCAAAGAGAUUUCAGUGCACCUACUGAUGCUCCACCGACGACCAUGGACCCAAGCUACGGAUGCAGUGCAAAUGAGAUGAGUUUCAGAGGCUUCUGCUAUUCUAUCGUUACUGAUAUGUAUUCAUUUACCAAUAUGCAAGAUCUAUGUGAGCUAAGGUCCUCCAAGCUUGCUUCAGUCUCCGAUAUGAGUGAAAAUAACUUUAUUUACAGCCUCAUGCAAACAGGUAACGAAGGUAAUAAGACCAUAAUUGGUGUAUGGCUUGGACUGACUGAUAAGGAUGUAGAACAGAACUAUGCCUGGACAGACGGGAGUCCUGUAACCUUCACUCAAUGGGCCCUUGGAGAGCCCAAUAAUGAUCUCUUCAAUGAUGAUUGUGUCUAUUUUGACGCACAGUUUGGUGCAUGGAGAGAUGUAGCAUGUACUGGUUUCUCAAUGUAUGGUGUUUGUAAGAGACCCAAAUCUAAUCAAAACGUCGUACAGCCUCCCAAUGAUGGAUGCCCAUCGGGCUGGGUAAAGUACAUGUCGACGUGUUAUUUGAUGGUCAUGGACCAGAAGCUUUCGUGGGCUGAUGCUAGAGAUAGCUGUUUAGCGCAACAAGGAAAAUUGGCUACCCUCAACGACAGGUAUGACCAAGCAUUCCUUUCCUCCAAACUUGGUGAAUACGCAACUGAAUUCACAGGCAGCGAUGAUUUCUGGAUCGGUUUGAGUGAUACGGAUGUACCCGGAACCUACAAAUGGGUUGACGGUUCAUAUCCGACAUUCUCCGCCUGGGGUCCAGGACAACCAGAUGAUAGUUUUGGGAAAUGUGUUGCAAUGAUUGGCGGUUACAAUCAAUAUUCUGCUGGACUAUGGAUGGAUGAACCUUGCCCAAACACACUUAGAUACAUUUGUGAGCAACCUAUCUUCGGAGCUACAGAGAUACCCUAUACUCAAGCCCCAGUGACAUCCCCAACCAACGAUGGCUGUGAAGUUGGAGCCAUCGGAUAUGGAAAUAAUUGUUUCAUGGUUUAUGAGAAACCUGCCGAUGAGCAGCUUUCCUUCUCUGAUGCUAGAGCUCAAUGUCAAGCUAUGGGAGGUGAUAUGGCCAGUUUUCAGACUUCUGCAGAAGAGCAAUACAUUGUUUCAGGUUUCACACCACAGGAUGCAGAUAAUUUCUUUGGAUUUUGGAUUGGUUUGAAUGAUAUCAAUCAGGAAGGAGCCUGGCAGUGGAGUGAUGGGUCUGCAGUCAUCUACGUAAACUGGGAGACUGGGGAACCAAACGACCAUUCAGGCAGUGAAGAAUGUACAGAGAUGUUUCUUAACCCAGGAAGAAGAUGGAAUGAUAUCCCUUGUUAUGCACUCAGGAGCUGGAUCUGCAAGAAACCAAAACCUAAGGCACCAGUAACUCCGUUGCCUACCGUUGGUGUGUGUCCAUCUGACAGCGAAUGGAAAUACGUGAGACCAUACUGUUACUAUAUAAGUGAUAUUGCUGGAGAAGGAGACAGGCGGGCCUGGUUUGAUGCUCAAGCUUUCUGCCAGUCUAAGGGUGGUAAUUUGGUUUCUAUCACAAGUGGGCAGGAAAAUGCAUUCCUUCUUGAAAUGUCACCCAGUAUUGCUCUACAGUAUUGGAUCGGUCUCCGACAAGAGGUGGUAGACGGUCCCUACACUUGGUCAGAUGGAACUCCAUUUACCUACGCAAAUUGGCUACCCGGUGAACCUAACAACAAACAUGGCGAAGAAACAUGUGCAGAAAUGAACAAAUAUGAAGUUGAUGACGCACUUGGAUUGAAUGGUAAGUGGAACGAUCAGAACUGCGGAGUUCCAACCCCGUUCAUCUGUAAGAGGGCAGAAGAUUCCAUCAACCCAAUCACCAACGCACCUACUCCGACCCCUACCGGUGGAUGUAACAACGGUUACUUUAAAUACUUCAAUCGUUGUUACAGGAUUGGUGGAUACGUCACUGAUGAUCGUUAUAAAUGGAAGAACGCCAGAGACCUUUGUAUAGCAGAAGGUGGAAACCUAGCUGGUAUCCAUGACAAGAAAGUCCAAUCUCUUAUGACGUCACUACUCAUUAAUGUACCAACUGAUGUAUGGAUUGGUUUCUCUGAUCUUGGUUCAUCUGGACAGUACCACUGGACUGACGGAAAACCCCCAUACUACACCAAUUGGUUACCAGGAGAACCUAGUGGCAUUGUUACAUGGCCAGGCGAGGAAUCAAGAAAUUGUGUUGAGCUGCUCAAUGAUCCAUCCUACGCGGGAAAAUGGAAUGAUGUUAACUGCGGGGAGGUCAUAGCAUAUAUGUGUGAAAAGGAUCUAGUUCAAGGAGCAAGUGAAAACCCACCUACCAACUCGUACUGUGAUGACAGAAGCUAUUACAAAUAUGACGGUUCCUGCUAUAAGAUAGACACCACUCCAAGAACCUACGCCGAUGCUCAAGAGUACUGCAGAUCACAAGGAGGUGAUCUUGCUAGUAUUACUGAUUCUUUUAAUGAAGCCUUCCUUGAGUAUCUGAUGUAUUCUAAUGAUGUCUCAGCUGCCUGGAUUGGUAUGACUAGUAAUGAGGACGGUCAAUAUACAUGGAGUGAUGGAUGGCCUGUUUUCUAUUCUGUAUGGGGUGAUAGUGAACCUAGUCAACGUCCAGGAGAAGGGUGUGUAGUAUUACGUGAUGAACCAUCAUGGGAUGAUACUAACUGUAACGGCAUGUUUGUUCCUAUUUGUAAAACUACCAAUAAGAUUCCUCCUACCCGCGUACCCACUCUACCAGGCUCUUGUCCUAACGGACAAUCAGAGUUUGGUGGCCAUUGUUAUGCCGUAGCUUCAGGAGCAGUCUUUGCUGAUUGGUUCACAGCAAGACAGACUUGUCAGACUCAGUAUGGUGGAGAGCUUGUUAGUAUUCAUAGCAAGGAAGAAAAUGAGUUUGUUAAAAACCUUGCUAUUGGAACUGUAGGUGUUCGGUCAGUCUGGCUUGGUCUCACCAGGUCUGAAACUGGUGGCUUCAAAUACUCUGACAAUAGCCCGGUUGAUUAUGUGCAUUGGGCUAAUGGUGAACCGACUGAAGAUUGGGCUGGAUCAAAUGAAGAUUGUGUCGAGAUGUACACUAAUGAAUUUGGGAAAUGGAACGAUGAGGAUUGCUCGGGACGUGCUUCUUACGUUUGUAAAAUGGAUAAGAGUCAAAAUGAGACGGACUCUCAACCUAUCUCAGGUGGCGGUGACUCUCUUUCUGCUGCGAUGAUCACUGGAAUAGUCAUCGCCGUUGUCGUUAUCGUAGUGAUAGUCAUUCUGGUGGUCGCCUGGUUUGCUGGUGCUCGUAACGCUCCUAAAUCAUCAUCAACCACAGAUCCUUUCCCAACCCCAACACCACCGGUAGGCUUCGACAACGCUCUUUACGAAGCUAACAUCAAGACAGAUCCAGAAAAGCCAAAAGAUUUGAAAGAUCCCGGAGUUGCAGAGGCAUAGGCCUAAAUCAGUUUUUAUAUUUAAGUGAAAAAGAAAAUGAAAGAUCAAUAAAUAGCUUUUUAUGAAUUUUUGUAGAUGUUUUAUUAAGAAAUAUAUCAAUAGAUUGUACAUUUGUUUCAUAGCGGACACUAAAAGAAAAAAAAGGAGAAAAUAUAGUCUAGAUAUGUUUAAUGAUUGAGUAAUAAACGUAAAGUCCAAGUCCACGCCAAACACUACAUACACACAAACGAAACCGAAUUAAUAAAAAAAGAGAAAUCGGGGUAGAAUAAACCUUAGUUGUAAAACCUGCAAAAAAUGUAAUAUUCUAUAAUUCAUAUAUAUAGGGUCUCAUGGAUUAAAAAAAUAACCGAUUUUUAUAAGUUGUUAAACAUCAGGCAUUUUAUUUUUUCUCUGCUAUUCCUAUCAACUCUUUACUGAGAUGGACUUGACCUUUAAUACUUGAAAUUGAGCCAUACGAUAUUACAUAAUUUAUACGUUUUCGGGUGUGUUUUAUCUCCAAAGAUAUUUUUUAUCAUUCAAGAUUAAUGUGGCCUCGAAAGCAAUUGUAUCGGGAUUACUUAAAGAUUCAUUGUUGAACGUAAUAUGUAGACCAUAUACCAUGUUUACUUUUCUAGGUUUUUUCAAUUUAAUUGGAUUCAACUUUAUGUCCAAUCAAAUGGUUUGAUUACAAGAGUUCUUUGGAAUCAUUCAUGUAUGCUGUCUACUUAAAGUCUACUUUCUAUCUCCAGGGCCACUAGCGUACCUACGGGGGGGGGGGGGCAGGGGGGGCACUCUGCCCCCCCUGACGAGUCACAACCCAUGAAAAAACGUAUCUUUGCCCCCCCUGACGGGCUUGAAAAACCUUUUUUGCCCCCCCCCCCUGACGAGCUUUAAGACCUUCAAUGCCCCCCGGACGAGCUUGAAGACCUUUUUUUAAUUUUUUGUAUAUGUCGGUGAUAUUACAUGGGAUGCAACCUACAAAUAAUACAAUGUUAUAUAUUUUAUGUUAAAAUGAAUUACAGAUAGAUAUUUGCUGUCAUCGCACAUCCGAUUUUUUUCAAUAAACAGAGGCGUAUAAAAUUA